UCGUGCAUCUAAGGGUUAAUAGGUGACAGCAUCGUUUGCAUCCAAUUGGUGCACAACACAAGGUGAAGUUGCCUUUUGACUAUUUGAAAGCCUCAAACAUUCUACUCCAGGGGUCUCAAACACGCGGCCGGCGGGCCAAAUGUGGCCCGCAGGACACUAGUUUGAGGCCCCCGCCUUGAUACGAAAGUAUAAUGUUAGUUUGAUAUGGAUGCUGUAUGGUAUCAUGUACCCAGAAAAAAUUAUGACGUUUGAUUAAUGUUCAUGUUAAAGGUUAAAUAACUGUUAAUAGUUAUCCUCCCGAUCCGUGUGGAAGUGGUAAGUUUUUGGCUAUUUUUCUGUUUUUAUUAAAUGCAUUUUUUUUGUUUUUUUUUUGGAAAACCUGAUGCGGCCCAGUCUCGCCCAGACCCUAGCUCCAGUGGCCCCCCAAGUAAAUUGAGUUUGAGACCCCUGCUCUACUCCAUGUCUCGUGUCAGAGUUGUGACUAGAUGUGCCACGCCUUCUCCUUGAGCUGCCAAAAGUGUAUGAUUUAAAAUGUAACUACUGCAGCGGCCCCUGUGGUGUCAAACAUGGAUGCAAAUAGCCGGGAUUGGCGUCCAACCUGCAUGGGGUCAUUGUUCUGUGUCACAUUCAGGUGAAUGAAACCUGCCCGGCAAGGUUAAUGUGACCUUCCUUGCUGCACACCGCCUCCCACGCCUCUGUGCCAUCAGACACAUUGCCAUGCUGCAGAUGGCUGACGACAGUGCUCACGUUACCGCACAGCCGGAAACAACAACCAUUGCAAGUUGUGCUGAAUCAGGAAAUCAGGAAUAUCAGGAGUAUUGAAUGACAUAGUGACAAAAUCUUCCUUUCCUCCAUGUUAUUUCAUACAGCAGUGGCUACCACCCCCACCCUAGUCCCCACUCCUUGUACAUGCAUAGUCACCCUCCAUCCUCAUCCCUAUUCAUUCGCAGGCAUCUGCGGUGUGGAGGAAACAGUGUGGCCACAUUUAGAGCGCCGGCUCUGUUUGUGCUGACUCAUCAGUCUGCUGCUAUAUGAGUGUGGGACGGGCCGACCCGGCGGACACGCACUCUCCUGCAGCAGCACUUUGCAGGGAGGAGGAGGUGGAGGAGGGAGAGGCGAUGUGUGACGACAGUGAAGAUGCAACAAAGUCACUGACUGAGACGUUUCUGCACAUUAGACAGCCUGGCUUGUCACUACUGGCUCUACUAUAUGGCAGCUUUUCAAAGGUCAUGGUCCGCCUGGCCCAGAAUGGAAAAUUAUACUCCUGUCAUCCUCCAUGAACCAGGAAGUAGACAAGUACAAGCAUACAGAUUUCCAAGUGGGGAGAGUCGCAUGCUUUCCCCCCGCAUCCUCGUCGCUGGGUCUCUAUGGAGAGUUCGUCCCGGAGGCGCGCACGCUGCCCCUGCACGGCACCCAGGCCGCCCCGCCGCUCGCACUGAAAUUCCUCGACCUGGAUACGACGAGGCGACGCACUUAACCUCAUUUGAAUGCCUUUGCAAGGUGUCUGCUGGUUGCUGUGCUGCCGCCAGGGCUUCAGUUUGCUGGGGAGGGACUAUGGAGAGAAAGAGGAGGAAGAGUCCUUCGAGUUGCGCCACAAAGACGACCUGACUCCCAAUGGACAGACUCCAUCUGAGGUGAUUCACGUAUCUCAACCGACUCGUACCGCCAAUGGGACAAAUGGAGUGUGUGUGUCAGACGUGGCCGACGAGAUGAGGAGCCUCAUCAUUGAGAAGAACAAGAUGGCUAUGGAGGAAGAACCUGAAAUUCUGGUCAAAGGUUGGCUGCUGCGUGAGGUGCGAGGCAACUGGAUCAAGCAGCGCCGCUUCUGGUUCGUGCUGAGCCAAGACUCCCUGGACUACUACAGCGGGCCGGAGAAGGGAGCCCGCAGACUGGGGACUCUGGUCCUCACCAGCCUCUGCUCCGUCAUCUGGCCAGACAAGCAGACCUUCAAGGAGACGGGCUUCUGGAGCAUCACGGUGUACGGGCGGAAGCACUGCUACCGGCUGUUCACCAAGCACUUCAACGAGGCCGUGCACUGGGCCUGCGCCAUCCAGAAAAUCAUCGAUACCAAAGCGCCUGUAGAGACGCCGACUCAGCUCCUCAUCCAGGACAUCGAGGAGAAUAAGUUCAACCCGGAGACGGUGGAGCACAUCUACCAACACAACCCCAUCCUGAAGUACACGCAGGGCCCCCUCUACGCCCCCUUGCUGCCCUUCCCCUACGGCAGCCUGGAACACACAUACCACAACGGCAAAGGCUACGGCUCGCUACGCGAGGAAGCGGUCAAGCUCUUCUAUUGCCUGCAGCAGCUGGAGUCGUCGCGGGACCCAGUCCCCAUCAUCCAGGGCGUGCUGCAGACCUGCCUGGACCUGCGGCCCCUACGCGAUGAGGUCUACUGCCAGCUGGUCAAGCAGACCAGCCACACGCCCGCCCCGUACACCGCCGCCCACCUGCGCUACUGGCAGCUGCUCACCUGCAUGAGCUGCACCUUCCUGCCUGGGGCCACCGUCCUCAAGUACCUGAGGUUCCAUCUCAAGAGGAUCCAGAACCAGAGUCCCGAUUCUGAGAUGGACAACUACGCGUCCUUCAUCAGCGAGGCUCUGGACAAGACCAAGUGUCGCGAGUGUGUGCCGUCGUGGGACGAGAUCCACAGGCUGAUGAGCAGGCAGGAGAUGCUCUGCACGGUGCACUACCCGGGACCUGGAUCCUGUCAGCUCUACGUCAGCUCACAUACCACCGCCAAGGAGGUGGUGCAGAGGAUGCAGCAGAGGCUGGGUUUGAAAGACAGCAAGAACACGUUCGCCCUGUACGAGCAGAACGCGCUGUGGGAGCAGCCGGUGUCGGGCGGCGCCCUCAUUGCCGACAUCCUCACCAGCAUCUCCGCCAAAGAAUCGGAGUCCAAAGGCCAGCGGAAACUUUGCUUCAAGCUCUACUGCCUGCUGGACGCCGACAGCAUCUCUGUGGACAGCAUCGAGUAUCUCUUCCUCUUUGAGCAGUGCCACGAGAUGGUCGUACGCGGCCAGCUUCCAGCGUGCGAGGAGGACCUUCAGACGUUGGCGGCCCUCAGACUCCAGUCCCUCGUGGGGGACUUCAGCAUGCACGUGCCCUGCCCGCCCCUGGAUGAACUCUUCCCGGGCCACAUGCUGGAAGCCCGGGUCCUGGUGGCCCUCUCGACCCCGCAGGCUCUGCCUCCCUGUCAAGUGGGCGCCCCGGCGGGCUGCCCCGCCUCACAACGCUUCCCCACGGGGCUCCUGGCGGGGGCAUUGUGGAGCCACGCGGCCACGGCGGCCCACAAGCAGAAGGUGGAAAAGGACCUGCGCCUGCGGAGCUGCUUGAAGGAGGAGGCGGCGACCGUCAUGGGGUCCAUCCUGGAGCGUUGGAAGGGUCUGGCGGGGUACAACCGUAGGGACAGUAUGGCCGCCUACCUCGCCAUCGCACGACAGUGGUCCGGCUUUGGAUGCACGCUCUAUGAAGUCAACUUUUAUAUCAGUUCCACGCAGAGUUUCUCGCAGAAGUUGUGGUUGGGGGUGGCGGCCUCCAGCGUGUCUUUGUACCGGCAGGGCGAGGCCGAGGCCUUGGAGUCUUUCCCUUACGGCCAGAUCUCGUCUUACGGCGUGUCCGACAGCAACACCUUCAAGAUCACUGCUGCGGGGGGGCGGGACCUGCUCUUUGAGACCACCAAGCUGAGCGAGAUCAUGCAGCUGAUGAACGCUUAUUUCAACGCCGUCCGCCUCCAGCGAGGCAAAGGCGACGACUUCAAGAUCCCCGACGGCACCGACUUAAGCUUCCGGCACACGCCGACGCCCGCCUUUUUGGAGCUGCCCUCGCAUCCCGUUUGACACCCACCCCCCCAUCAUCCUCCUCCUCCUCCUGGACAAAGUGUCGUCCACGAACUCUUCCGAGGUAACGCACACGACUUCCACCUCUCGCACGUAAAACGGUGAGCGUCCAUCCUGUUUUCUGGCGGUGAGUCAUGUGACCAUAUCGAGUGCGAGCGGACGUUAAAGCUAAGUGGGUCAUGGCUGCUGCUUCUUUGUUUUUUUUUUCUUUUUUUUUCGACUGGUGACAUCACAGCCCGUCAUCACCCAACCUACGGUCACUUCAUUAGGUACACCGGAAUGAGACCCAAUACAAAAAAUCUCCUUUUUUUUUUUUAAUUUGCGGUCACACUUAUUAAUCUAUUAUUAUUAUUAUUAUACAUUUAUUUAUUUGUCAUGUACUAUAACACAGUACAUAUUUAUUUAUCAUUCUUAUAAUCAUGCAUAUUAAUUAAAAUAAUAUAUAAAUAAUAUUAAUUAAAAAAACACAUUUUUUUACAGUAAAAACUACAAACAUGAUAACACACAUGGUAAAAUUAAUAUUAAUUAAUAUUAAUCUUCGUAAAGGCAGACAUUUUUGUAUUGGAUCUCAUCUGAUCCCCAUUUAAUAAUAAGGCCCGGGAUGUUUUUGUAUAAUUUAAAAUGGAAUGUCUUAAAUGCACAUCCAUUAGGAUGACAUUGGGAGUCCUUUUUUUUUUUUUUUUUAAACUGGUCAGGGGUCGUAUUGACAAACAAUAAAACAGUCCGGUUGAGACUAAAAUACGUGAAACAGACAUUUUUGUUGUGCUUUAGUACAAUUUACAAAAAAAAAAGUCUCAAAUAAAGCGAUCACCCAGAAAGUUAGGGACUGUCUGACAACAUAACGUUUAUGAAUAUGACCCCAAUAUAAAAAAAAAAAUCCUGUCCUUAUUUUAACGUCUAAAGCCAAAGUUUUACCAUAAGUGGGUAUCCACAUGGACCAAAGAUAUUUUUCAUGUUUAAAAGAAAAAAAAAAAAAAAAAGCCCCUAGUUUUCUAUUAAACACUUGAAUUGUAUUAUUAAAUAGAACGAGCUCUAAAUGGUGUGCUAGCAAGCACAUGUGAUUCAGAUCUUGUCACGCUUCUUCUUGGCUUCUUUUCCGACUGCAGCUGCAGGCAGCUCCGGGAUUGCGUGUUGUUGCAAAAAAAAAAAAAACACCCCAGAAAAAGUCGUUUUUUUUUUGUUUUAUACAAAGCUUGUAUGCUGCAUGGUACCUCUUUGUUAUCUAACGUGUGUGUGUGUAUAUGGUUCAUUGCACUAUUUUCUUUUUUUAACUAACUUGAAAGUGCAAUAAGACAAAUACUGUAUGUAAGUAAUAAUAAAACACCAUUUUAUCAGA